CGUGAUGUACUGAGCCGUGCUGAGCCAAGCUGUGCUGUGCCAAGCUGUGCAGAGCUGCCCUGUGCCAAGCCAUGCCACGCUGUGCCAAGCCGUGCUAUGCUAUCCCAUGCCGUGUCAAGGCAGUGCUGCCCUGUGCCACGCGCAGCCAUGCCAAGCCUUGCCAAACCAGGCUGUUUUGUGCUGCAUUGUGCCAUAUUGAGCCGUGCCGUGCUGUGUCCCUGGAGAGCAAGGCAGCCCAGACUGGGUACAGCACGCAGAGCUGGCAACAGGGACACAGCGUGUGGAUGGGGAAAUGGGCUCAGAGACAGGGGCACAGCGGUCUGGGAGCUCUGGACAUGCAAUUGGGUAGAGGGACAUGGACAGGAAAGAAGCUGUGUGGGCACAGGAACACAAAUAUGGGGUUCAUAGACAGAGAUGGGGCUGAUGUGGGGCAGGGAGCAGGCAGCACAGAGCUGGGGGUGGGGUACCCCUGGGACAGGGCUGUGUGUGUAGGGACAUGGAGGUACUCGGGGCUGCCAGGGCUACUCCAGGUGACCCCAACUUGUGGGGCUGCUUUUGGUGGGUCUGAGGAUUAAGUUCCCCCUGCACUGGACAGGAUCCCCGCACACAUUCCUGGUGGGGAUGAGUGGGACCAGGAUGUGGGGAUUAGGAGCAUCCUGUCUGGGAUGAGAGGCACACAGCAGGAGCACCAAUCCAGAGCACUGUGCCCUGGAAACGGCGCUCAGCUUCCCAGGGGCUGCGUGGUGUCCUGCUGGCAAACAGCUGGGACCAAUCAGCAGUCCUACAGCUGGCCCAAGUCGGACAGAACCACCCCAUAAAAAGCCACUCCUAGGGAUGGCCUUGGGGCUCGGAGAGGUCUGGAGACAGAGGACAGAGCGCUGUGGGUCUGUCUGGCCUCAGGUUGGGAAGUGGUCAGCGAUGGUGAGGAUGGUGCAGCGGCAGUGGAAUGGGUCCCCCAUGGGUGUGGGCAUCGUGGCCAUGGUGCUGCUCUGGGUGGUGACUGAGGCUGACAGAGGGAGGUGGUGUGAGCAGACAGAGCAGGUGACAGAGGAGGAGGUGAUGGUGCCCCGGCGUGAGGACGCGGUGCCGUGCCCCAGCAUGUACCAGUACAUCCUGGCAGGUUGGCGCAUUGACCUCAACCGUAUGCGCCAGUUGUACGGUGGGGAGCGCGGCAUGCCCCCAACCAGCACCCAUCCUGGGCCUGCCAUGUGCUACAUCUACAGACCCCCAGAGACGCAGCUGGUGGUGAGGAACCGCACGGUGAGUGCCUGCUGUGCCGGCUGGAGUGGGGCACACUGCACAGAAGCGGAGGGCUCUCUGGGACAAUGCCACACCGGCUGGCAGUGCCAGGACGCGCUGGGUGCCCACAACCUGUCUGCCAUGAGCAUGGCCGAGUGCUGCCGCCAGCCCUGGGGGCACAGCUGGAGGAACGGCUCCUCUGCGCUCUGCUUCAGCUGCAGCCGGCAGCCCCUCACCGGUGAUGUACCCCUGCCCACAGCACUGCGGGGUCCUGCCACCCGGCACCGCGGUCCCACUGCCAGCUGCAUCUCAUGGGCCGGAUCCCGGUACCGCAGCUUCGAUGGGCGGCACUUUGGCUUCCAGGGCGAGUGUGCCUACAGCCUGGCCACCUCCACCGACGGCACCUGGGCUGUCAGCAUCACCACAGGCAGCCCACCGGUGCUGCACAUGACGUUGGGGCUGGACACAGUGGUGGCACGGGGACGCAACGUCUCUGUGAAUGGCAUGGCAGUGCCCGAGGGGCGGCCGCAGCUGCUCAGCGGGAUCAGUGUCACCUGGCUCGGAGACUUUGUGGCUGUGGAGAGUGGGCUGGGAGUGCGCCUCAAGUUGGACGGGCGCGGGACGAUCUACGUGAUGGUCAGCACGGAGCUGCGGGGCGGCACACAGGGGCUCUGUGGCCCCUACAAUGAUGACCCGACUGAUGACUUCCUACGGGCUGAAGGGGACGUUGCUCCGUUGGCUGCCAGCUUUGGGAACUCCUGGAGGAUCCCAGGUGCUGACCCUGAGGUCUCCUGCAGUGAUGCCGUGGAGCCCGGCCCCAGCUGCGCCAUGGGCAGCACAGCACAGCAGGCAGCCGAGGCCAUGUGUGGGGUGCUGCUCACCGACCCCUUCCGCCAGUGCCACGGAGCGGUUGACCCCCGUGGCUUUUAUGAGGCCUGCCUGGAGCUGCACUGCAGGGAGGGGAGCACAGGGCCCUCACCAUCCCCUGCUGUCUGUGACACAUUGGCUGCCUACGUGCGGGACUGUGCCCAGCGGAAAGCCUACAUUGAGUGGCGCCGGCCGGGCCUCUGUGAGCGGCAGUGCGGCCACGGGCGGCGCUACUCGGACUGCGUGUCCUCCUGCCCCGCCAGCUGCGUGGCUGCAGGCGCUGCCGAGGAGGGGCACUGCCGGGACGACUGCGCCAGCGGCUGUGAGUGCACCCCGGGGCUCCUCCUGGACGGGGGGAACUGCGUCCCACCGAGCGCCUGCCCCUGCCUGCACCGCGGCCGUGUGUACGCCCCGGGGCAGAGCAUCCGCCAGCACUGCAACCGGUGCACAUGCCGGGGGGGCCGCUGGCUCUGCGGCCAGGACCGGUGCGCGGCGGAGUGCGCGGUGCUGGGGGAUCUGCACUACAUCACCUUCGACCACCGGCGCUUCUCCUUCCCUGGUGCUUGCGAGUACAUCCUGGUGCAGGACUUUGUGGAGGGGACGCUGCGGAUCACGGCGGAGCAGAAGGCGUGUGGUGACCGCCAGCCCCUCAGCUGCCUCCGGGCGCUCUCCAUCACAGUGCCGGGGGCCUCAGUCCGGCUGCACAGCACAGGAGAGGUGGUGGUGGAUGGGCGCGUGGUCCCGCUGCCCUUUGCCAGUGCUGCGCUGACUGUACGCCGAGCCUCCUCCUCCUUCCUGCUGCUCCAGACCUUUGGGGCCCACCUGCUGUGGGGACUGGAGACCCCCGCAUCAUACAUCACCCUGCAGCCCGCCUUCGCCAACAAGGUCCGCGGUCUUUGUGGGACCUACAACUGGGACCAGCGGGACGACUUUGCCACGCCGGCGGGCGACGUGGAAGUCGGUGUCACCGCCUUCGCCAACAAGUACCGACUGUCCUCCCAAUGCCCCGUGCUCAGCCCCGUCCCCUUCGAGCCCUGCAGCGUCUACGCCCCGCAGAGGGAACUCGCUGCUACCGCCUGUGCCAUCCUGCACGGCUCGUCCUUCCAGCCCUGCCACCACCUCGUGGACCUGGAGCCGUUCCACCAGCUCUGCCUCUACGAUGUCUGUGCCUGCCCAGCUGGAAAGCACUGCCUCUGCCCUGCGCUGGCUGCCUACGCCAGGGAGUGUGCCCAGGAGGGAGCAGCCCUGAGCUGGAGGAAUGAGAGCUUCUGUGGCACUCAGUGCAGUGGGGGUCAGGUGUACCAGGAGUGCAGCAGCCCCUGUGGCAGAACCUGCGCUGACCUGCGCCUGGACGUGCUCAGCUCCUGCCCUGGCCUUGACAACAUCUGCAUCUCUGGCUGUAACUGCCCCACGGGGCUGGUGCUGGAUGAUGGCGGGCAGUGUGUCCCACCAGGCAUCUGUCCCUGCCAGCACGGCGGUGAGCUCUACCCAGCAGGCAGCAAGAUCCGGCAGGGCUGCAAUGCCUGUGUCUGCACUGCGGGCACCUGGAGCUGCACCGAUGCCCCCUGCCCUGAUGCUGCCUUCUGCCCUGGGGACCUGGUCUAUGUUUUUGGGUCCUGCUUGCGCACCUGUGACAGCACUGAGCCCAAUGGAACGUGCAUGGGGAUCGCUGAUGGCUGCGUCUGCCCCCCAGGCACUGUCUUCCUGGACGAGCACUGCGUGCCCCCAGAAGAAUGUCCCUGCCAGCACAACGGGCGGCUGUACCAGCCCAAUGACACCAUCGUCAGGGACUGCAACACCUGCGUGUGCCGCCAGCAGCGCUGGCAGUGCAGCAGCGAGGACUGCGCGGGGACCUGCGUGGCCACGGGGGACCCCCACUACAUCACCUUCGACGGGAGGGCCUUCUCCUUCCUGGGGGACUGCGAAUACGUGCUGGUGCGUGAGGCCAACGGGCUCUUCACCGUCACCGCCGAGAACGUCCCCUGCGGCUCCAGCGGCAUCACCUGCACCAAGUCGGUGGUGGUGGAGCUGGGCAACACCGUGGUGCACAUGCUGCGGGGAAGGGAUGUGACGGUGAAUGGAGUCUCGGUGCGUCCCCCCAAAGUGUACAGUGGGAACGGGCUGACACUGCAGCGCGCCGGCAUCUUCCUGCUGCUGCUGUCCCGCGUGGGGCUGGCGGUGCUGUGGGACGGAGGUACACGGGUGUACGUCCGGCUGCAGCCGCAGCACCGGGGCCACGUGGUGGGGCUCUGCGGGAACUUCGACCGUGACGCCGAGAACGACCUGGCCAGCCAGCAGGGUGUUCUGGAACCCACCGCCGAGCUCUUCGGCAACUCCUGGCGCGUCAGCCUGCUCUGCCCUGAGGUGGAUGGCGCGGCCGCGCAGCACCCCUGCACCGAGAACCCACACCGGGCAACGUGGGCCCGCAAGCGCUGCAGCAUCCUGACACAGCAGCUCUUUGUGCCCUGCCACGACGCGGUGCCAUGCCAGCGCUUCUAUGACUGGUGCAUCUUUGACGCCUGCGGCUGUGACUCCGGGGGGGACUGCGAGUGUCUGUGCACAGCCAUCGCCACCUAUGCUGAGGAGUGCAGCCAGCGGGGCAUCCACAUCCGCUGGAGGAGCCAGGACCUGUGCCCCUUGCAGUGUGAUGGAGGGCAGGAGUAUAGCACCUGCGGCCCCUCCUGCCCCCAAACCUGCCAGAACUUGGGCCUGGAGCUGCCCGAGCACUGUGACACCAUGUCCUGCCUGGAGGGCUGCUUCUGCCCCGAGGGGAAGGUGCUGCACGAGGGUGGCUGUAUUGACUCCGCCGAGUGCCCGUGCUUCUGGCAGGGCAUCGCCUUCCCAGACAGUGCUGUGGUGCAGCAGGGCUGCAGGAACUGCACAUGCACCACAGGGCUGUGGCAGUGCACACCUACAGCAGAGCCCUGCCCAGCACAACCCCGCUGCCUGGACUCAGAGUUCCCGUGCCGCACUGGUGGGCGUUGUGUGCCGGGCGCGUGGCUCUGUGACAACGAGGACGAUUGCGGGGACGGCUCGGAUGAGGUCUGUGCCCUGCACUGCGCCCCACACCAGCACCGCUGCGCUGAUGGGCAGUGUGUGCCCUGGGGUGCCCGCUGUGAUGGUUUGUCUGACUGUGGGGAUGGCUCUGAUGAGCGCGGCUGCCCGCCACCCCCCUGUGCCCCUCCGGAGUUCCGCUGCGCCAGCGGCCGCUGCGUCCCAUGGGCACAUGUCUGCAAUGGGGAGCUGGACUGCGGCUUCGCCGAUGACUCAGACGAGGCAGGCUGCAGCCCAAGCUGCAAUGCAGGUGAGUUCCAUUGUGCAGCGGGACGCUGCGUGCCGUACCCACAUCGCUGCAAUGGACACGACGACUGCGGGGACUUCAGCGAUGAGAGGGGCUGCGUCUGCCCGGCCGGCCACUUCCAGUGCCCUGAUGCAGUGUGCCUGCCCCCGGCUGCCCUCUGUGAUGGGAUGCGGGACUGCAGGGAUGGCACCGACGAGGCGUUCUGCCCAGACCGCAUCACCUGCGCCCCGGGACAGCUCCCCUGCCCCGAUGGUUCAUGUGUCAGCCAGGUGAAGAUCUGUGAUGGCAUCUGGGACUGCAGAGAUGGAUGGGAUGAGAACUCUGUGCGCUGCAUGGUGUCCUGGGCGCCCCCUGCACCUACCCACCUGCCCACUAAUGGCACAGCAGCACCUGCAUGCGGACCCUACGAGUUCCCAUGCCAGAGUGGGCAGUGCGUGCCACGGGGCUGGGUGUGUGACAGCGAGGCUGACUGCCCCGAUGGCAGCGACGAGCGGGGCUGCAACCAGAGCUGCUCAUUGGGACACUUCCCCUGCACCCUGGGUGCCCACUGCAUCCCCUACGAGCACCUCUGUGAUGGCAUCCCCCACUGCCCUGACCACUCCGAUGAAAGCGAUGACAACUGUGGCUCUACACAGAUCCCACCAUGCCCAGGGCAUUUCAUCUGCAACAACCGUAUGUGUGUGAAUGCAACCAGGGUGUGCGACGGGGCACUCGACUGCCCCCAGGGCGAGGAUGAGCUGGCCUGCGAAGGCUACGUCCCCACUGGUGCGAGGAACCAGACGGUGGGUCCCUGUGCUGAGUACAGCUGUGGGGAUGGCGAGUGCAUCACCUUCAAGCAGGUGUGCAAUGGACGGCCUGACUGCAGGGAUGGGGAUGUGACCUCAGGCUGGCUGCCCUCAGAUGAGUGGGACUGUGGGCACUGGGGCCCCUGGGCACCCUGGGGGAUCUGCAGCCACUCCUGUGGCCUUGGUCAGCAGCUGCGGGCGCGGGAGUGCAGCCAGAGAGCCCCAGGUGUGCUGCGUUGGUGCCAUGGUGAGGCCACGCAGGCAAGGCCCUGCUUCAGCACUGCCUGCCCUGUGGACGGUGCCUGGAGUGAGUGGAUGACGUGGUCCAACUGCACACAGGGCUGUGAGGGGGUGGUGGUACGGCAGCGGCACUGCCAGCCCCCCCGGGACGGCGGCCAGCCCUGCGCCGCUCUGCCUGCCACAGCCCACGCCACGCUGGAGAUCAGCAUGUGCCAGCAGGACGGGUGCCCCCCUGCCUCCUGCCCCGGGGGGCUGCAGCCCCAGCCCUGCGCCCCGUGCCCUGCAUCCUGUGCCGACCUCGCCAGCCGCGCACCGUGCCACCGGGAGCAGUGCACCCCAGGUGAGGCCACCUGCUGUCAUCGUCCCUGCUGUGCAUCCCAUCCCCUACGUGCCCACAACACACUGGGCUCGGGGGUCUCGGCGGUGCCCGCAGGGUGCUGGUGUGCAGAGGGGCUGGUGCUGGAUGGCGAGCGUGGCUGCGUGCGCCCACGGGAGUGUCGCUGUGAGGUGGAUGGGCUGCACUACUGGCCAGGGCAGCGCAUGAAGCUCAACUGCCGUCUCUGCACCUGCCUGGAUGGGCAACCCCGGCGCUGCCGCCACAACCCUGCCUGCUCCGUGAGCUGCAGCUGGUCCUCCUGGUCCCCCUGGGGUGAAUGCCUGGGGCCCUGUGGCGUGCAGAGCAUCCAGUGGUCCUUCCGCAGCCCCAGCCACCCCGGCAAGCAUGGCACCAACCGGCAGUGCCGCGGCAUCUACCGCAAGGCACGCAGGUGCCAGACAGAGCCGUGCCAGGAGUGUGAGCACCAGGGCCGGAACCGUGCGCAGGGGGACCGCUGGCGCUGGGGACCCUGCCAUGUCUGCCAGUGCCUGCCUGGCCCCAAGGUGCACUGCUCACCAUACUGUGCCCAUAGCACUGUGGGCUGCCCACAGGGCCAGGUGCUGGUGGAGGGAAAGGGGGAUUCCUGCUGCUUCUGUGCACAGAUAGGUGACAAUGUGACAGCUGUUCCCACAGCACUGACAGUGGAGCCCCCCAGCACCAUCCCAGGAGAGCCCCCUGGCAGCCCAUUGCCCACGUUCCCGCUUCCUCCCCCGGGUGACCCCUGCUACAGCCCCCUGGGUGUCACCUCCCUGCCCGAUAGCAGCUUCAAUGCCUCGGCCGAGCAGCAGCAGCACCCAGCUCACGCCGCCCGCCUGCACCACAUCUCCCCAGGGCUUGAGCUGCAGGGCUGGGCCCCCCCAGCUGACACCCCCCCUGGACUGCCUUCCCAGCCACCUUUCCUGCAGCUGGAUCUGCUGCAGACCACCAACCUCACUGGGGUGGUGGUGCAGGGGGCCGGGGCUGGGGAUGCCUUCAUCACUGCCUUCCAGCUGCAGUUCAGCACUGAUGGGAACCGCUGGCACGACUACCAACAGCUCUUCCAGGGCAACUGGGAUGCCACCACGCCAGUGGUGCAGCCACUGGGCCACAUGGUGCAGGCGCGCUACGUCCGUAUCCUCCCUCUGCGCUUCCACAACGCCAUCUUCCUGCGGGCUGAGCUGCUGGGCUGCCCAACAGUGCCCCUGGACCUGGCAGAGGUGACAACAGUGACACCAGUAUCUUGUGGCAUGGGGGAAUUCUGGUGUGGGGUCAGCUGUGUCACGGCAUCCUGGAGGUGCAAUGGUGUCAUUGACUGCCCCGGUGGUGCUGAUGAGGCCGGCUGUGAGCCCCCCAGCAGCACCAUGCUGCCCACCCACCCUGCCAGCCUCACACCCCCUGGCAGUGCCGGCAUCCUGGGGCUGACUGCAGAGCCACCUGUGCCCCCCCCAGCAGUGGUGCCAGCAGGGACGAGUGCAUGGCUCACUGUUGGCUCCACCAGCCCUGCUGUGCCAUCCACCACCAGGCUGCCAGGUGUCCCCACCACCACCAUCACCCCUGGGGGGCCACCCUCUGCUGGCCCUCCCUCCCCAGACAUGGCAGCAGUUACAGUGUCAUACCCUGUGACGGGACCACCUGCCCUGCCUGCGCCUCCCACUGGGGUCCCCACUCCAACGUCUGCUGAGCUGCCCCUGCCCCAGCUCCUGUGCCCCCCGGGCCAGUUCCUCUGUGAUGCCUUGGGCUGUGUGGAUGCAGACAUUGUCUGUGAUGGGCAGCAGGACUGCCUGGAUGGAUCUGAUGAGGCACACUGUGGAGCCCUCCCCACCUCCAGCAGCACCCUGUCAGCGCUGGCCUGGCCCAGCAGUCCCCCGCCCACCUGCUCCCCCAAGCAGUUCUCCUGUGGCACCGGUGAGUGCCUGGUCCUGGAGAAGCGCUGUGACCUGAACCGUGACUGUGCUGAUGGCUCCGAUGAGAGCGGCUGUGUCGACUGCAUCCUGUCCCCGUGGGGUGGCUGGAGCCAGUGCAGCCGCUCCUGUGGGCUGGGGGUGACAUCCCGCCAGCGGGUCCUGCUGCGGGGUGCCCUGCCUGGGGGAGCCUGCCACACCCCCCGCCUUGAUACCCGCUCCUGCUUCCUGCGUGCCUGCCCAGUGCCUGGCGCCUGGGCAGCCUGGGGCAUGUGGUCCUCCUGUGAUGCUGAGUGCGGGGGGGGCAUGCGGAGCCGCACCCGGAGCUGCACUGACCCCCCACCCAAGAACGGCGGCCAGCCCUGUGUUGGGGAGGACCUGCAGAGCCAGUCCUGCAACCUGCAGCCCUGUGGGGACACCCGAGAGUGCGGCCCUGGGAUGGUGUUGGUGCAGGAUGGGGACUGUGCGCAGGGCCUGGUGCCACCCUGCCCCCAAGUCUGCGAGGACCUGAGUGCCACCAGCAGCUGCCAGAGCCCCUGCCAGGAGGGCUGCCGGUGCCCGCCAGGGCUCUUCCUGCAGAACAGCACCUGUGUCAAUGCCAGCCAGUGCCACUGUCACCAGGGCCAGCAGCGCUGGCUGCCCAGCCAAGUCUUCCUGAGGGAUGGCUGCAGCCGAUGCGUGUGCCAGGACGGGGUGGUGACAUGCGAGGACAUGGCCUGUCCCAUCGCCUGCGCCUGGUCUGCCUGGUCACCAUGGACCCUCUGUGACCGCAGCUGUGGUGUGGGCAUGCAGGAGAGGUUCAGGUCCCCAUCCAACCCUGCAGCAGCCAAUGGUGGAGCCCCGUGUGAUGGGGACACCAGGGAAGUGCGUGAGUGCCACACACCCUGUGCCACUGCUGAACCAAGCAGCGGUUGGAGCUCCUGGACUCCAUGGUCCCCCUGUUCCCGAAGCUGCUUCCACCACGUGGACCGGAGUGGCCGGCGGCGCCGCUUCCGGCACUGCGAGGGGAUGGGGACCUGCCCAGGGCUGGGGGUGCAGGAGGAGCCCUGUGACACAGCUCCCUGCCCGGUGGCAGGUGUCUGGAUGCCUUGGUCUGCCUGGUCUGAGUGCUCUGCUCUCUGCGAUGCCGGUGUUCAGACACGCAGCAGAACCUGCACCCCCCCGGCUUUUGGUGGUGCUGAGUGCAUGGGACCCCACCUCCAGACCCGCGACUGCAACAUCCAGCCCUGCGGAGCGCAGUGCCCUGACACCAUGCAGUACCUCACGGCAGAGCAGUGCCAGCACAGAGCAGGGCAGUGCCCACGGAUCUGCCAGGACCUGGGUGCUGGUGUGGCAUGCACUGCACAAUGCCAGCCUGGUUGCCACUGCCCUGCUGGGCUCCUGCUGCAGAACGGGACCUGCAUACCACCCAGACACUGCCUCUGCUACCACCGUGGCCACCUGUACCAGCCGGGGGACAUCGCUGUGCUUGAUACUUGCAACAACUGCACCUGUGUGUCCGGGCAGAUGGUGUGCAGCACAGAAACCUGCCCAGUGCCCUGCACCUGGAGCAACUGGACGGCCUGGAGCACCUGCAGCCACAGCUGUGAUGUGGGGAUGAGGCGGCGGUACCGGGUGCCCCUUGUGCCCCCCCUGGCCAGAGGGGAUCCACCUUGCCAGGGGCCCAGCAUGGACGUGGAGUUCUGCAGCCUGCAGCCCUGCCUUGCCAUGGCACCAUGGGGUCCGUGGUCGGGGUGCUCUGUGCCCUGUGGUGGUGGCUACAGGAACCGCACACGGGCUGGUCCCCCCCUGCACAGACUCGAGUUCAGCACCUGCAACCCCACACCCUGCCCUGGCAAGGAGCCGGGGGUCUGCCCUCCAGGCAAGCAGUGGCAGGCGUGCUCCCAGGGCCCGGCUUCAUGUGCAGAGCUGAAUGCAGCCCCCCUGGCUGAUGAGGGCUGCCACCCUGGCUGCUACUGUCCCCCAGGGAUGCUGCUCCUGAACAAUGAGUGUGUGGCUGAGGCAGAGUGUCCUUGUGCGGUGGAUGGUGUCCUCUAUCUGCCUGGGGAUGUCGUGCCACAGGGCUGCCACGAGUGCUCCUGCAUCUCCGGUCGGGUCACCAACUGCUCUCAGGAGGACUGCAGUGACGUGGAUGGGCCCUGGACCCCCUGGACCCCUUGGAGUGAGUGCUCAGCCUCCUGUGGGCUGGGCUACCAGCGCCGGUACCGCUUCUGCUCUGCACAUCCCGGGGCGCACUGCGCAGAGCCACAGCCUCAGGAGCGUCCCUGUGCCCGGCAGCCCUGCCACCCUCCCGACUGUGCCGCAGUGCCAGGAUCGGUGUUCAGCCACUGCGGGCCCCCCUGUCCCCGCUCCUGCAAUGACAUCUCACACUGCACGUGGCACUGCCAGCCCGGCUGUUACUGCACCAACGGCACGCUGCUGGAUGCAGCAGGCACAGCGUGUGUGGCCCCAGAGAACUGCACCUGCCUGGAUGCACACAGCGGGCAGCGGCACCAGCCGGGGCAGAGCGUGCCACGUGGUGAUGGCUGCAACAACUGCACCUGCACCCAGGGGAGACUGCUGUGCACUGGGCUGCCCUGCCCUGUGCCUGGUGCCUGGUGCGAGUGGUCCCCGUGGACGCCAUGCUCGAGGAGCUGCGGGGAUGAGGCUGCCAUGCGGCACCGUGUCUGCUCCUGCCCUGCACCACAACAGGGGGGGCCGGGCUGCCCCGGGGGGCAGGAGGGGCACGGGGACACCGGGAUGCAGCUGCAGCGCCAGGAGUGCCCCUCCAUGCCACCCUGCCCUGAGGAUGGGGCCUGGAGUGCCUGGGGGCCCUGGUCAGGCUGUGGGGGCUGCGGGGGGCAGACGGUGCGCACCCGCUCCUGCUCCAACCCCCCUGCCCGCUUCGGGGGCCUGCCCUGUGCUGGAGAGGCACGCCAGAGCCGGGCCUGCCCAUGGGCCACCAGCACCUGCCCAGAGUGUGGUGGUGGUCUGGUGCUCUUCGCCUGCGGCAAGCCGUGUCCCCACUCCUGCGAGGACCUGAGGGAGGACACUGCCUGCAUGGCCACCCACCGCUGCCUGCCCACCUGCACCUGUCCCCAUGGGCAGCUGCUGCAGGACAGCGACUGCGUGCCCCCAGAGCGCUGCCGCUGUGUGUGGGAACCCUCCAAGAAUGGGAGCAUCUGGGAGCAGAAUGGAACUGUCCCCAUGCAGGAACUGCAGCCUGGUGAGACCUUGCAGAGACGCUGCCAGAACUGCACAUGCAAGGCCGGCACACUGCAAUGCCACGCAGAGCCUGGGUGCCAUGUGGAUGGGGGCUGGAGCCCCUGGGGGCCGUGGUCCCCCUGCUCCCCAGGCUGCCACGCUGGCACCCAGCUUGCCACCCGCCAGUGCAACAACCCCACACCCCAACUUGGGGGUCGGGGCUGCUCUGGGCACAGCCAGCGCCAGAGACCCUGCCCUGCCACUGAGGGCUGCCCAGAGGAGGAGCCAUGGGGUGAGUGGUCCCCAUGGGGGCCCUGCAGUGUCUCCUGCGGUGGGGGGGAGCAGCUCCGCCAUCGGGACUGCCCCCCCCAUGGGGGGUGCCCAGGGUUGGCCCUGCAGAGCAAAACCUGCAACAUCCACGUGUGUCGGGAGGCGGGCUGCCCCCCGGGACGGCUGUACCGCGAGUGCCAGCGGGGCGAGGGCUGCCCCUACAGCUGCGCCCACCUGACCGGCCGCGUCGCCUGCUUCCCCGGGGGGUGCCAGGAGGGCUGCCACUGCCCCGCCGGCACCCUGCUGCACCACGGCCACUGCCUGCAGGAGUGCCCCUGUGUGCUGACAGCCGAGGUCCUGCGGGAGCUCCGGAACAGCCCUGCCGACCCCCAGGCAGCCGCUCCUCUCCUGGACAUCCAGGGAUUGCCCCUGGCUCUGGACCAGGAGGUGCCGCCAGGCAGCACCAUCCACUCCGCCUGCACCUCCUGCACCUGCCUCCACGGCCGCCUCAACUGCUCGGAGCCCGUGUGCCCUCGGGACGGGGGCUUCUCGCCCUGGGGUCCUUGGAGCAGCUGCUCGCGGAGCUGCGGGGGUCUGGGGGUGAUGACGCGUAGGAGGGGCUGCACCAACCCCGAGCCCGCCCGGGGGGGCCGGGACUGCGCCGGGCCACGCUCCAACAGCAAAUACUGCCAGAGCCCCGAGUGCCCGGCCACCCCCACCACGGAGCCCGAGCCCGGUGUCCCAGGUGUGGAAGAAGAGGAAGGUUUCGGGCCCUGGUCCCCCUGGAGCCCCUGUUCCAAGACGUGCACGCACCCCGAGCGCCCGGCCACCAAGACCCGCGAGCGCGCGUGUGUCGGGACGGCCGCGUGCAGCGGGGGCAGCUUCCAGGAGCAGCCCUGCAACCUUCCCCUCUGCUCAGACGUCCCCCCGUGUCAAGGCGAGGACUGCGCCGGUCUGAACUGUUCGUGGGCGCCGUGGGGGCCGUGGGCCGAGUGCUCCCGCAGCUGCGGUGUGGGGCGGCAGCAGCGGCUGCGGGCUUACAGCCCCCCCGGCGCGGGCGGCCGCUGGUGCCCGGGGAUCCUCAGCGCCUUCGUGCAGCGCCGCUUCUGCAACUUGCAGGCGUGCAAAGUGGAUGGUGCGUGGUCGACAUGGAGCCCCUGGUCCCACUGCGACCGCACGUGCGGGGGGGGCCGAGCGGUGCGCACACGGUCCUGCACCCGACCGCCCCCCAAGAACGGGGGACAGCGCUGCCCCGGAGAGAGGCACCAACUGCACCUCUGCAACGGCCAGCCCUGCGGUGACAGCUGCCCCCCUGGCAUGGCCCUGGUGACCUGUGCCAACCACUGCCCCCGGCACUGUGGGGACCUACAGGAGGGCAUCGUCUGCAGGGAGGAGGAGCACUGUGAGCCCGGCUGCCGCUGCCCCAAUGGCACACUGGAGCAGGACGGGGGCUGCGUGCCCCUCGCACACUGUGAGUGCACAGAUGCACAGGGCCACGGUUGGGUGCCAGGCAGCACACAUCAUGAUGGCUGCAACAACUGCACGUGCCUGGAGGGCCGCCUGCACUGCACCGACCGCCUCUGCCCACCGCUGCGCUGCCACUGGAGCCGCUGGUCGCGCUGGUCUCCAUGCAGUGUCACCUGUGGGGACGGCCAGCAGACGCGCUUCAGGACACCCACGGCGGGCUCAUGGGGCGAGGAGUGCCAGGGGGAGCAGAUGGAGAACCGGGGCUGUGCCAUGGGGCCUUGCCCACCCCUGUGCCCCCAGGGCAGCUGGGAGAGGCGGCUGGGGGACACGUGGCUGCAGGGCGAGUGCCAGCGAUGCACUUGCACGCCAGAGGGCACUGUUUGCGAGGACACCGCCUGUGCCGGGGCCGAACACUGCACGUGGGGCACAUGGAGCCCCUGCUCCCGGAGUUGUGGCACAGGUCUGACCUCCCGGGACGGCUCCUGCUCUUGCCCAUCCCCGGGUCCCACUGGUGCCCUCUGCAAUGCCAGCACGGGGGAUGGAGACAGAGCUCAACGGGAGGUGCAGGCCUGCUACCUUCGCCCCUGCCCAGCUGAGUGCUCCUGGAGCGCCUGGAGCUCCUGGGGCAGCUGCUCCUGCAGCUCCCCGCUGCAGCACCGGCAUCGGCACCGGCACCGGCACGGCACCGGCCUCUGCGUGGGGCUGGAUGUGGAGCUGCGCGCCUGCAACGCCUCGGGUUGCUCCGAAUCCAGCUGUGAGCCCCCCUUCGAGUUCCAGCCCUGCAGCCCUCCCUGCGCCCGGCUCUGCUCCACACUGCAGCACCCGGAGCUGUGCCCAGCCCAGUCCCACUGCCUGCCCGGCUGCUUCUGCCCCCAGGGGCUCCUGGAGCAGAAUGGUGCCUGUGUGCCCCCCGAGCAAUGUGACUGCCUGUACACCAACGGGUCAGGCAACCUGAUGACGCUGUCCUCAGGAGACACCAUCCUGCUGGGAUGCAAGGAGUGUGUGUGCCAGGACGGAGCCCUGCAGUGCAGCAGUGAAGGCUGCCAGGGGCUGCUCCCACUGAGCCCCUGGUCAGAGUGGACGCCUUGCAGCACCUGCCUGCCCCUGUCCCCAUCCCACCUGGAGGAUGUCACACCCCACGUGUCAGUGCAGCACCGCUACCGAACCUGCCUGGACCCACAGAGUGGCCAGCCCUGGACUGGGGACACGGCUGUGUGCUCAGCUGAGCUGCAGCAGCAGCAGCUUUGCCCAGACCCCGACAUUUGCCAAGAGCUGUGCCUCUGGAGCCCCUGGGGGCCAUGGGGGCCCUGCCAGCAGCCCUGCAGUGGGAGUUUCCACCUGCGGCACCGCCACCUCCAGCGCCUGGCGGGCAGCGGGCAGUGCCAGGGGGCACAGACCCAGAGCGAGAGCUGCAACACAGCCGUGUGCCCAGGAGAGGAUUGUGAGGAACAGGGAAGGGUAUUCACCACCUCCUGCGCCAACAGCUGCCCCCGCGCCUGCACCGACCUCUGGCAGCACGUGGAGUGUGUGCAGGGGGGCUGCAAGCCAGGGUGCCGGUGCCCACAGGGACAGCUGCUGCAGGAUGGGCUGUGUGUGCCCACGGCCCAGUGCCGCUGCGGGCUGAGCGGGGACAACGGCACCCAGGAGCUGUGGCCGGGACAGGAGGCCACCAUUGAGUGCCACAACUGCACCUGUGAGAACGGCACCAUGGUGUGCCCAGCACUGCCGUGCCCAUCCUACGGGCCCUGGUCCACCUGGAGCCCCUGCUCAAGCAGCUGUGGCAGCGGCCGCACCUCCCGGCACCGCACCUGCAAGCCGAGACCCGGUGGGGUGCCCUGCACGGCCAGCUUGACACAGGAGACAGCUGAGUGCAGCCCCCAGCCCUGCCCUGCUGGCUGCCAGCUGAGCCCCUGGUCCCCGUGGAGCCCCUGCAGCAGCAGUUGCGGUGGGGGCCGCUCGGAGCGCAGCCGGGAGCUGCUGGGGGGUGAGGAGGAGCCGUGCCCCAUCCCAGCAUUGCAGCAGCACCGUGUCUGCAACGUGCACAACUGCACACAGGAGUGUCCCCACAGCCAGGUGCGCAGCGAAUGUGCCAACGCCUGUCCCCAUGCCUGUGCUGACCUGCGCCCAUACGCACAGUGCCUACCACAGCCCUGCCAGCCUGGCUGUGCCUGCCCACCUGGACAGGUGCUGCAGGAUGGAGCCUGUGUGCCCCCUGAGGAGUGCCGCUGCACGCUCGACCCCAGCAUGCCUGGAGUGCUCAACCUGUCACGGGAGGAGCAAGAGCAGGAGCACCCACCGGGCAGCCGCCUGCAGCACCGUUGCAACACAUGUGUUUGCAUCCGUGGCACCUUCAACUGCUCACAGGAGGAGUGCAAUGUGGAUUGCCUGUGGUCCCCGUGGUCGCCCUGGUCCCCCUGCUCAGUGACAUGUGGGAUGGGUGAGCAGCUCUCACACCGGCACCCACUGCGGCAGCGGCUCUAUGAGGGGGCUGAGUGCGUGGGCCCCCCUGUGCGCCGGGCGCUCUGCCACCUCCCCGACUGUGCCUGCCCAGAGGGGGAGCGCUGGCAGGGCCCUGGGGUGCCACCGGGCUGUGAGCAGAGCUGCAGGGACAUCCUCGGGGAGGCCUCUCCAGGCUGCAUCCCCUCCCCAUUCCCUGGCUGCACCUGUGAGCCUGGCCACUACCGCAACAGCAGCGGCCACUGCGUGCCCUCUGCCCUCUGUGAGUGCCUGCACCAGGGGCAGCUCCACCAGCCUGGCAGCGAGUGGCAGGAUCAAUGCGCGAGGUGCCGCUGUGUGGAUGGCAAGGCCAACUGCACCGAUGGCUGCACGCCGCUCUCCUGCCCCGAGGGCGAGGUGAAGGUGCAGGAGCCGGGACGCUGCUGUCCUGUCUGCAGGAUGGAGUGGCCGGAGGAGCCUUCCUCCAUGUGCCGACGCUUCACCGAGCUGCGCAACAUCACCAAGGGUCCCUGCUCAUUGCUCAACGUGGAGGUCAGCUUCUGCAGCGGCCGCUGCCCAUCCCGCACCGCCGUCACCCCCGAGGAGCCGUACCUGCAGACGUUGUGCGAGUGCUGCAGUUACCGCCUGGACCCCGGCAGCCCCGUGCGCAUCCUCAGCCUGCCCUGUGUAGGAGGAGCAGCCGAGCCCGUGGUGCUGCCCGUCAUCCACAGCUGCGAGUGCAGCAGCUGCCAGGGUGGGGAUUUCUCCAAGCGCUGAUGCCCCGGAGGGAAGCUGUCCUGCUGCGUGCCGUGGUGGUGGAGGAGCUCGAGGUGUCCCCCUUUCCCUUCUGUACUGCAAUAAAGCUAU